AUGAAACAAAUCGAUACAUCAGUAUCAACGAUAGAUCGUUUUGAUCAAUUUACAAUUCUAUUUGAUAUAUUAAUUUCAAUUGUUGGUGCUCUAAUUGUUAAUCGUUUAAUACCAAUACUAAAAGAUAAAUUUAUUCGUGCUCAAUUAUGGGGAUAUGAUUUUAAUAAAAUAAAUUCGAGAAAAGUAAAAAUUGCAGAAUCUCAGGGUGUUAUAGCAGCUGGUAUUUUUCUUAUUUUAAUGUUUAUUAUGAUUGCUAUUGUAUUUUCUGAACAUUUACAUCCACAAAGUGAUUUUCCACAUAAUAAAUUCAUUGAAUAUUUAGCUGCUUUACUUUCAAUAUGUUGUAUGGUUCUACUUGGCUUUGCAGAUGAUGUACUUGAUUUACGUUGGAGUGUUAAAUUGUUGUUACCUUUAGUUGCAUCUUUACCACUUUUAUUAGUUUAUUUUGCUAAUUAUCAUUCAACAACUAUUAUUUUACCAAAACCAGUAAGACCAUUCUUGGGUCAUCAAUGGAAUCUUGGCAUUCUAUAUUAUGUCUAUAUGAGUAUGGUAGCUGUAUUUUGUACAAAUGCAAUUAAUAUUCUAGCUGGUGUUAAUGGACUUGAAGUUGGUCAAUCUAUUGUUAUUGCAAGUUCAAUACUUCUUUUUAACUUUAUUGAAAUGCAAGGUUCUUGUUCAGAAGAGCAUCUUUUUUCACUAUAUUUUAUGAUUCCAUUCAUUGCUUGCACUUUUCCCAUUUUACUUCGAAACUGGUGUCCAGCAGAAAUAUUUGUUGGUGAUACGUUUUGUUAUUUUGCUGGUAUGACAUUUGCAGUAGUCGGUAUUAUUGGUCAUUUUAGUAAGACAAUGUUACUUUUCUUUAUACCACAAAUUAUUAAUUUUCUUCUUUCAAUACCUCAAUUAUUUCAUUUUAUUCCAUGUCCAAGACAUCGCUUACCAAGAUUAAAUAUUGACUUAAAUAAGUUGAAUCCAUCUGAAAUUGAAUUUAAAAAAAAAGAUUUAAAACCACUUGGUUGGUUAAUGUUACGAUUUUUUUCAGCAAUGAAAUUUAUAAAAUAUCGAGAAUAUAAAAUGAGUGAUAAUGAAAUAAUGAUUGCAACAACAAAUUUUACUAUUAUCAAUACAGUUCUUUGUUGGAGUGGUCCAUUAUAUGAAGGAACGCUUACUCAAAUUUUGAUAGUCAUACAGAUUGUAUUUGGUUCUUUACUUCCAUUUUUUAUUCGUUAUUACCUUGUAAAAUUUUUCUAUGAUUGA